AUGUGCCGCCUCCUCACGUCCUCCACUGCCCCCCAACUCCUUGUGUCACCUCCUCAACUCCUCCACUGCCCCCCGCCUCACCUGUCACCUCCUCCACUGCCCCCCACCUCCUUGUGUCACCUCCUCAACUCCUCCACUGCCCCCCGCCUCACCUGUCAACUCCUCCACUCCCCCCCACCUCCUUGUGUCACCUCCUCAACUCCUCCACUGCCCCCCGCCUCACCUGUCACCUCCUGCACUGCCCCCCACCUCCUUGUGUCACCUCCUCAACUCCUCCACUGCCCCCCGCCUCACCUGUCACCUCCUCCACUGCCCCCCACCUCCUUGUGUCACCUCCUCAACUCCUCCACUGCCCCCAUCUCAACUGUCAACAACUCACCUCCUCCACUGCCUACCACCUCCCCUGAUGCCUCCUCACUUCCUCCACUGGCCAGUAGUAAGCGCAGGUAG